CGGGGAGGCCGCCGGGCCGCUCCGUAACCGCGCCGCUUCUCCUCGGCAUCCGCCUCCGCGAGCGGCAGCGCCGGCGGCACGGGUAAAAAAUGGCAUUUCAGAAGGCAGUGAAAGGAACUGUUCUCAUUGGAGGAGGUGCCAUAGCAACAGUUUUUGGCCUCUCUCAAUUUUCUCAGUAUAGAAACAAACACGGCACCCUGGUGAAUGUUCAAGCUGCAGAAGCAGUGACUGUUCCCAUAAAGAGCGAUUUUCCUACAAGAGAAGAGCAGAUUUCCACUCUAAAAAACACACCUGAGUUUGACGUUCUUAUCAUAGGUGGAGGAGCAACAGGAAGUGGUUGUGCCUUAGAUGCAGUCACUAGAGGACUAAAAACAGCCCUUCUAGAAAGAGAUGAUUUCUCAUCAGGGACCAGCAGCAGGAGUACUAAAUUGAUCCAUGGUGGAGUGAGAUAUCUUCAGAAGGCCAUCAUGAAGUUGGAUUUUGAGCAGUACAAGAUGGUGAAAGAAGCACUCCAGGAGCGUGCAAACCUACUAGAAAUAGCUCCUCACCUAUCAGCUCCUUUGCCUAUCAUGCUGCCUGUUUACAAAUGGUGGCAGUUGCCAUAUUACUGGGUUGGAAUAAAACUGUAUGACCUCGUGGCAGGAAGUCAGUGUCUAAAAAGGAGUUAUGUCCUCAGCAAGUCGAGAGCCUUGGAGCACUUCCCAAUGCUGCGCAAAGACAAGCUUGUUGGAGCUAUUGUCUAUUAUGAUGGACAGCACAACGACGCGCGGAUGAACCUCGCCAUCGCCCUCACCGCUGCCAGGUACGGCGCUGCCACCGCCAAUUACACUGAAGUGCUGCGCCUGCUGAAGAAGACGGAGCCGGGCAGCGGCAAGCAGCGAGUGUGCGGGGCACGCUGCAGGGACGUCAUCACAGGGCAGGAAUUUGAUGUCAAAGCCAAAUGUGUUAUCAAUGCUACAGGACCUUUCACAGACUCGGUGCGCAAAAUGGAUGAUCAGGAAGUACCCAACAUCUGUCAGCCCAGCGCGGGCGUGCACAUCGUGAUGCCAGGUUAUUACAGCCCUGAAAACAUGGGUCUGCUCGACCCAGCCACCAGCGACGGCAGAGUGAUUUUCUUCCUGCCCUGGGAGAAGAUGACUAUUGCAGGGACCACAGACAGCCCCACUGAUGUCACCUCCCAUCCCAUACCGACAGAAGAAGAUAUCAACUUCAUUCUGAGUGAAGUGCGCAACUACCUUAGUGUUGAUGUUGAAGUGAGAAGAGGAGACGUGUUGGCAGCCUGGAGUGGCAUUCGUCCUCUGGUCACCGACCCCAACUCCAAAGACACGCAGUCGAUAUGCCGGAACCACGUUGUUACUGUUAGUGACAGUGGCCUUGUCACCAUAGCAGGUGGGAAAUGGACAACGUACCGUGCCAUGGCUCAGGAUACCAUUGAUGCUGCUAUUCAGGCACACGAUCUGCCUGCGGGUUCCAGUAAGACGAUUGGGCUGCUGCUCCAAGGGGCUGAGGACUGGAGCCCCACGCUCUACAUUAGGCUGGUCCAGGACUAUGGACUUGAAAGCGAGGUGGCUCAACAUCUGGCUUCUACAUAUGGUGACAAGGCUUUCGAGGUGGCCAAAAUAGCCCAAGUUACAGGAAAGAGAUGGCCUAUUGUUGGAAAACGUCUUGUGUCUGAAUUUCCUUAUAUCGAAGCUGAGGUCAUCUAUGGUGUGAAGGAAUAUGCCCGCACUGCUGUGGAUAUCAUUUCCCGGCGGACUCGCUUGGCCUUCCUGAACGUGCAGGCUGCUGAGGAAGCUCUGCCAAGGAUCGUAGACAUAAUGGGGAAAGAACUUAACUGGAACGAGCAGAAAAAAAAGGAAGAACUUGAAGCUGCAAGAAAAUUUCUGUAUUAUGAAAUGGGCUACAAGGUGAAAUCUGACCAAUUAACAGACAGCUCUGAAAUCACUCUAGUGCCUUCAGAUAUUGAAAGGUACAAGAAGAGAUUCCACAUGUUUGACAAGGACAAGAAAGGAUUUAUUACUAUACUGGAUGUGCAGCGCGUCUUGGAGAGCAUCAGUGUGCAGAUUGAUGAAAAAACACUCCACGAUAUUCUGAAUGAAGUAGAUCUGAACAAGAACGGGCAGGUGGAGCUCAUUGAGUUUUUGCAGCUGAUGAGUGCCAUUCAGAAGGGCUACGUCUCCGGCAGCAGGCUGGCCGUGCUCAUGAAGACAGCUGAGGAGAACCUGCGGCAGCGCGUGGUGAUCCCGGUGGACCGCAGCGGCGGAGGGCUGUAGCUCAGCACAGCUGCAUGUGCUGACAAACAUUCCAGUGCUCCCGAAUGUCCUUGCUCGUUCAAGGUGACUGAUAUCUGUAAAAAAAACACGUGGGUGCGUUUGUUUUCUGUACUAAUGGUUUUCUGUACAGCUCUUAAUACUCCGGUAUGUGGCCUUUUGGAUGGGGUACGCUUCAGACAUACGAGUUUAUCAACAGGGGUUCUGGAAUAUGGUCUGGAAACACUGGUGCACGCACAAGCACAUGGCAUGUACUGCCUUGCUCAUUAACUUCUAGAUCACCUUUACCUUUAAAAAAAAAAAAGGGAUUCCUGCCUUUAAAGGAAGCGUUGCAUGGAGAUUUGCAAAUAGGCAUUUAGUAUUUAAAAGCUGCUGAUCUGUCUGCUUCAACAAAGGGCAGCAGAGGGAAGGCUGGUGCCUGGGAUUUGAGAUAGCUUCACAAAAGGAGCAGAAACUCACCUGCUGAGGGUACCAGGUACAGUAAGGAGCAGGCUGGUUAGUGACUGCCCUUCCACAGGUGCUGGGCUUUGCUCUCUUGGGGUGUGUAGUUAUUUCAGCAGUACAGUACUUGGCCAGACACAAGUAUCAGCAGUACAAAGCUGGAAAACAACACAUAACCAACACUCCAAUAAUAACCCAGCGAGUAGCUGGGGGACAGCUUCCCUUUCUCCACGUUAAUAACAAGCAGCUUCCUUCAGUCGGCAGCAUUCUACCGCAGGGGGUAUUUAAUGCUGUAAAGUGCUCUGUACUGUUUCCAGUUUGGGACAAAUAUGUAAAAUAUGAUGGUUUUGAUAACAUAAGUCUUAAUUUAUUUAAAAACUCAGAUUAGAUUUCAUAGAUUUCUUGAGUAUAAAUACCAGCUGACAGAACAGGACCCUCCAUUCCAAGGUCUCAGGAUUCCUCCUUGUGUAAAAUCUGAUCUUUAACUGAUGUCAUCACUUUCACUAAUGGAAACGGCGCGGUAACAGCCAGCAAAGAUUACUUCUGUAUCUUAAGGGAAAAUGACUGCAUGUGUGAAAUGGAGGGACUGAGGAGUGUUGGUGGCUGAGUGAGUCGGGUGUUCGGGGCUGGACAGGGAGAGUGCUUCUAGGAAUAAAUAAAACUCAGAGCUUUGAGAAGCAGACCUUUAAAACGAACACAAACCAGAGCUGGGGUGAGCUUCACCUGAGUUCCUGUCAGUCUGAACGAGUGGUGAAACGUCUCCAGGUUUCUCUCCAGAAAUACUGUCUCAGAUGCUUUCCACAUGGUUUCUGCAUGUUGAAUUGAUGUCGUAGAGCUGCUUUGUACCAGAACUGUGCUGCUGUGGGUUCUGGCCGUUCUGCUGUGAGAUCUGUAGCACUGGGCACAGCCCAGGGGAGCGGUGAGUGAGUGUUUGACAAGGUGUUUUAUGAAUGGCUUCUGUGCUACUGUUAACUUUUUUGAGUGUGUUCCAGAAGAUUCAAGUAAAGUGUGCACAUACUCCAUGCAGCUUUGCUUUUCUAAAGCCCUUCUCAAAUAAGAACAUGGCAAGAGAGUUUACAUCACACACAGCACGGCAUGGAGUGGAACUGGGUGUCUUUGGGUUCAGCAGCAGGAGGGAGGUGCGGGGGGGGGGGCCGGG